UAUUGAAGACAAAAGACCUAAGGAAUGUGGAAGCGAGCGUGACUACAGAGGAACAUUAUGGGAGACGACGUCGCCUGGUGUUAUAGUGACAAAACCAUGUUUGAACGGAUACCAAGGAGAAAGUUCAAGAAAGUGCACACUUCAGGGACAAUGGAUGCUGCCAGUUUAUAACUGUGUAAGGGAAAGCAUCGAGGAGAUCACAAAACUGAUUGAAGGAGCUAAAGAAAAUCCAUCAGAGACUGUAGUAAACACUGUUUUGUCUAACUUGACACAAGCCACGGAUACUGACGUAGACGACGCUCUAUAUGACGGAGAACUUAAACUAAUAACGGAAACGUUAGAAAAUAUAGUUGUUUUAAGCGACAAUAUUACUGUUAACGAUGGCCAGAUACAGAACUUUAUAAAGACUGCGAGUAAUAUUGUUGACAAGAAAAAUGUUAAUUCUUGGAGAGCAGUUAACCAACAGACGGCGGAGGGUGCAAAUUUUAGGCCAGCUGAUGUACUUAGGGCAGUUGACGGAUACAGUAAAGUUGUUGCCAACUCCACAAGAAAUGACACAGUGAUAAAACAGUCAAAUAUAUUAUUUCGAGUUACAAACAACAACAAAGAAAAUAUAAUGUUCCCAACGCCAAGACUUGCUACUGAGCUUCAAACAUUGUCUUUUUAUUUUCUGUCAAAUGUUUCUCUUGAUGGCGUGAAGAAAUACUCAUCGAUAUUUUAUAAGAAUUUGACAGAGAUUUUACCAACAUCUUCAGUGGGGAACAACAGCGAUCUAGAGAUAAAUGGUGCAGUUCUAUCACUGACACUUAUACCAUCUAAAGAAGAUCUGGAGACACCAAUAGAGCUUAGUUUCCAGCAUUUUAAUACUUUCUAUAGAUAUCCUGUGUGUAGCUUUUGGAACUUUGACAGUAAUGGUUGGGACAGUGACGGAUGUACUAUGGUUUCCACCAAUAAUGAAGUAACAAAUUGCACGUGCAGUCACCUGACUAACUUCGCUAUACUAAUGAGCCCAUACAAACAGGAAGUAUCAAAACCGUUGAACAUAAUCAGUACAGUUGGUUGUGGAAUUUCAUUGUUUGGUCUAGUGUUGACCAUUGUAGCGCAUGUUACGUUUUGGAGACAUGUAAAAUCAGAGCGAGCACUUCUGGUUGUUUGCCUGUCGGCUGCUCUUAUAAUAUUCUAUGCCAUAUUUAUUGUCGGAGUUGAGAAAACAGAAAAUAAGGACGUUUGUACGGUGGUUGCGGUGUCACUACAUUUCUGCUUGCUUGUCGUGUUUUUCAUGAUGCUCGCUGCAUCUGUACAUAUAGCUAUAAGUAUUUUGUACGUUUUCAGAACAAAGGUGAGAUCUGUCAAAUGGCUAAUUCCCUUAGCAAUAGGCGUUCCUCUUCUUAUCGUGGCCAUUUCUGCGUCAAUAACAAAGAUGGAUGGCUAUGGAACAGAAGAUUACUGCUGGCUGUCCUCGGACAAUGGUCUGGUUUGGGCAUUCAUAGGACCAGCAAUACUUGUUAUAUGUGUAAACGUCAUCUUGCUGGUUCUGAUUCUUAAGACAAUGCACUCAACAAAGAUGAUGACACAGAAAUCGGGAUCAAAUAAAAUGAAGGCAACAGUUAAAUGUUUGUGCGUUUUGCUGCCUGUAAUGGGUGUAACAUGGGUGACAGGCCUCUUCUACGUUAAUGAAGAUACCAACUGGAUUCAAUAUUUGUUUGCCACAGUCAAUAGUUUACAGGGUCUUGUUAUAUUUGUAUUCCACUGUGUACUCAACAAACAGAUCCAGCGUGCAUUUAUAUUAGCAAAGAGAAAAUAUUCUGUAGGAACAUCAGAAUCAAGGCUUGCAAAUGAAUUAAAGAAGAUGAAGUCACGAGAAUCCUUCGAUAAAGUAGAAACAUGAUAAUCCUUUAAAGAGACAACGUGAAAAUGAAAUUAACUUUCAUAUGAUUAUAUCAUAUAUCCUUAAGAACAUGCGGACCAGUUGAGCAUACAGUACAAUUAAAAGUAACCUUCAUUAUUUACUGACCGUUUGUUAUUUAAAUUUAUUUAGGCACUGGCAUGCAAAUAUGGGUAAAUUGUAUGACAAUUGGUGAUAUAGGAAGUAAACGUCGGUGCUCAGACACAUAUUCUUGCAUAUUAUAAACAAUUAAAUAAAUUAAAAGGAUAUUACCUCGAAAGUUCGUCUACUCGUGACGAUACUGCUACCACGACAUAUGUUAUGUGAGAACGAUAUUCUUUUUUAGAUUGACCAGUUUGAUUAAAAGGAUGCUGUUGUAGGGAAUAUAUUUUUUAAAGGAAGUAUGCAUUGUUUUACGAUUUUACAAGUACACCAAAGAAAUUUUGAUAGAUUGUUUGGCAAAUGAGAUUCUUAAGCUAUACAGAACUGAUAAGAAAAUACAAAAAAAAGAACUUUUUUGUGCACAUAAAUCUCAAAACAAAAUUAGAUACUUUACUUUUAGUUGGACUAAAUUAAAGAAGUGAAAAAGAAUAAACUCGUACGUUCAUUGAGGAAAGCAUAUAUUAUUCAGCAUUGAUCCACAUUUUUAUAACGAUUAAUAGUAAUCAAAGACAUAAGGAUACGACAAAGAAGAGACUGUUGUAUUUUCGUAUUUUAGUCUGGCUUCCUGAGAACCGACAGAAGAAAAUACGAAAAUAUAACUAAGUUCAGACUGUCGUAUUGUCGUGUUUUCAAAAUUGCGUCCCGCGGAGCGAAAGUAAUACAAAGUGAUGAUUUUGUCAUAUUAUCGUGUUUUCGCCUUGCAUCCCGCAGAGCAAAAAUACGAUAAAAUGUUGACUUUGCUGUAUUUGUCUCAUGUUUUUGUAUUGUAAUGUAAAAUGG